AUGGCCUCAAAGAUGAAGCGAAAGAAGGGCCCCAUAGAUGCUAUGGGUCCAGCGAAGCGAACAAAAUCUGAAAGAGGGAAAAAUUGUGAAGAGGCCCCGAAAAACGAUACUCGUCCAUCUACCAAUUCACAUUUGGAAAUAGAACAAGCAAACGGAAGCAAUGCGCAACCCGCCACUCAAGAUCAGUGCACAGUCUCAAAUGUACAACAAGUCCCUCAGAAAUCUACAAAUUUUGAAGGAACGCACUCGAAUUUUGCGAAGUCAAAGCUAGCCCAACCAUGGAAACUAUCAACAUCCAUUGGGGGCCGUAUGAUUACAUCUGAUCCUGUAUUUACCCCAGACGAAAGGCACCUUAUUGUUGCAACUCGGACUACUAUACAGGUAUAUACCACAGCAGAUUCUCUCCUCGCCCGUUCAAUACGGCUGAAACUGGAUUCUUCGCUCUUGAGUUCUACUCAAAUUGUAACCACAAGUCUAUCACCAAGCAAUACAGACAUGAUCUGGGUGGCAUGCUCAAAUGGCUCUGUCUUUCGUGUUAACUGGACAAAUGGUUCUGGAGCUGACUCAUUUUGGACUGUAUCGUCAACUGGAUGCAUACACAUGACAGUUGCGUCAAUGGAAUCUCAUGGUCGAAAAAGAGAUGUAGUCUUCACCACAGAAGCUCGAAAAGAAGGUGGCUUUCGCACCACAGCAAAUGAGUUAGCGGAGCCAGAUGGAACCAUCGCUAUUGCUGCGAGAACAAUUUACACUUCUCAAGAGCCAAUACAGUUUCUGAAAGCGACGAGAGAUGGAUCUAUUAUUGUAGGAGCUUCAAGAAAACGAAUAUUGGUCGGCCGACUGAGAUCGACAGAAUUUGACACAGUUGAUAGGAUAAAGUUUGAGUUUCGCACAUUCGAAUCUAAUGAGUUUAUCACUUCGCUCGACCUCAAGGUCUCUUUUCAAAACGAAGUAGAAGUUACGAGAAAAGAUAGAUUGCAGAAAACACCAGUUGUGGAUCUUGUAGUGGGGAACAUUAAAGGUGUCAUUUUUGUCCAUUACGACAUAGCAGGAGAACUAUUCGGUCAGCCUAAGAAUGGUCUACUGCUCUCAACAACAAAUCUGGUACCGCCCAAACUUCAUUGGCAUCGUCAAGCUGUUAAUUCGAUAAAAUGGUCACUUGACGGUGGGAAAGAAACUGUAUUAGUUUUAUGGCAAUUAGAGUCUGGAAAAAAAGACUUUCUUCCCCAUAUGUCAGCUACUAUCGAAAAUAUAGCUAUUUCACCGAACGGGUCAUCCUAUGCCAUUCAACUUUCUGAUAAUUCGACCAUUGUUCUAUCCACUGCAGAUCUGCUACCAAAAAUGAUGAUUGCUGGCAUUCAGGCAUCCGUAAUUCAACCCCCGAAAUUUCCUGGAUCCAAUGUUCUGAGGGCCGAAGCAACUCCUUCACAUCUCCUGCUUGCUGUUGGAGCUCAGCAAGAAGUCAGGGAUUUUAAUCCACUUAUCAUGAGCAACUCAUACCUUCAAACAUUUGAUCUUGGCACCGGUCAAAGCGUUUCAAAUCAAGCGUUGACACGAACUAACGUAACUAAUGUUAAUGCUGCACCGAAUUCCCACAAUAUUUCUGAGCCACGUGUCACUCACUUAAAGAUAUCAUCUGAUGGCGAAUGGCUAGCAACCGUCGAUGAAUGGACUCCGUCUGCAAAUGAUCUUGAAUUCCUUGGAACUGGUGUCAAGAGCCUCUCUACAGAAAUUAACCACCGGCGUGAAGUUUUUUUGAAGUUCUGGAAACGGAAUAGCAGCAAAAAUACGUGGGAGCUUGUAUCACGGAUUGAGAGUCCGCACCUAACGGACGAAGUAUCCAGCGAUUCCGGAAGAAUUCUAGAUCUAGCUUCAGAUCCAUCCUCAUCACGGUUUGCCACCAUAGGAGUUGAUGGCUCAGUCAAGAUCUGGAGUACGAGACUUAGAAAGCGGGAUGGUGUUCUAGUUCGAGGAAAAGAUAGUAAGGUGCUAAAGAAUUGGGGCUGUUCACAAGCUUUCAAACUUGGUAAAACCAAUCUUUUAGAAAACAAAGACCAGGAACCUCGACUUCCAAUUACGGGAUGCGUGUCAUUUUGCGAGGAUGGGUCAGUUCUUGCAGCAGCUUUAGGCAGCAAAAACAGUCUCAUAAAUCUGAUCGACUCCUAUUCUGGAUCAAUUAAAAAAACGUUUGCUGAGCUCUACGCACCUGAAAUUUUUGGAAUAGAGUUCCUCGGCCAAGACUUAAUCAUCCUUUCUGAUAAAUUGGUUUCUUUUGAUAUUGUUUCUGAAGAAAUUAGACACACAUACAAGCUGAGGUCUUCAAUUUUAAAUCUAUCAGUAGACCAGAAGCGCGAGAUGAUGCACCUAGCCGUGGAUCAAAAGAGCAAAACUUUCGCAAUUUCACUUCCGAAACUACCUACCGGGAUAGCUGACCAACUAAUUGGGGCCAGAUCUGAACUUUUGGUAUUCCAUCAAGAUACUCGUGAACCCCAACUUUCCGAAUUUUUCCCCACUCUAAUCACCGCAUUAUCGCCAGCGUCAGUGGUGCAUCUCCAGUCUGAUAGAUGUGGUGAAGAUCCUAUCUCUCAACCUAUAGGCUCUUUAGAUGAUGAAGAAGUUGAAGAAAUAGAGCUGGUUGAUGAUUCUGCUACGACAACAACAGUAUUAGAUAGCUCUGCCGAUGAGCCAAGGAAAUACCCUGUCGUCACAAAGCACCAAUUAUCUGAAGUAUUUGAUAUUGGCCCUGCAUUCGCAUUACCUCCCAUGGAGGAAAUGUUCUACCGCGUCACAAAUUUGUUUGCAGCUCCUCGAAUGGUACAGACUGUACGAUGA